UCCAAAAUCACCACAAAUUCAGGCAUCAUGUCUACCCCGGUCUCCCCUACCCCAUCUCUCUCCCCGUUGACACUGGCCUCCCCUACAUCAGCAACCUCCCCCGGUGCCUCCCCUUUGCCCUCGCCCCUCUCCCCUCCACCCAGGGUGCCCGUGUUCCAGAGGAAGGGAGCGCUCAAACACAAGAGGAUUGUCGAGGUCAAAGAUCAUCAGUUCACGGCCCGCUUCUUCAAACAGCCCACCUUCUGCAGCCACUGCACCGACUUCAUCUGGGGCAUCGGCAAACAGGGAUUCCAAUGUCAAGUGUGCAGUUUUGUGGUCCACAAAAGAUGUCACGAGUUUGUGACCUUCACUUGUCCUGGUUCUGUGGCGGCCCCCAGACCAGAUGACCUGAAGAGUCGACACACAUUUAAGGUCCACACUUACUCCAGUCCGACCUUCUGCGACCACUGUGGCUCGCUGCUGUAUGGCCUCAUACACCAGGGCAUGAAAUGUGCCUGUUGUGACAUGAACGUCCAUCGACGGUGUGAGACCAGUGUUCCCAGUCUCUGCGGCCAGGACCACACAGAAAAGAGAGGAAGAAUCCACCUGACUGUCAGAGGAGAGAAGGAGGACGUCUACGUCACAGUGGGGGAGGCUCGUAACCUGAUGCCCAUGGAUCCUAACGGCCUGUCAGACCCGUACGUUAAACUGAAAUUGAUUCCAGACCCGAAGAGCCACAGCAAACAGAAGACCAAGACCAUCCGCUCCACACUGAAUCCCAUCUGGAACGAGAGUUUCACCUUCUCAGUGCGUGGUCACCAGUGGGACAGACGUCUGUCUGUGGAGGUAUGGGACUGGGACCGCACGUCCAGGAACGAUUUCAUGGGCGCGCUAUCAUUCGGAGUGAGCGAGAUCUUCAGGCGUCCGAUCUGUGGCUGGUUCAAACUGCUGGCCCAGGAUGAGGGAGAGUACUACAACAUCCCCGUGCCAGACCCAGACCUUCAGGAGCCUCAGCCAGACGAUGCAACACCCUCUCUGCCUCCAGCAAUACCUGCGCCACUGUCUGAACCGUUUCCUGCUGUUCUCUCCCCGACCCCUGUCCCACCCUGUCCACCGGUCCACACCCCAGGCCCCAGCAAAGUCAAAGUGGGCAUCCUCGACUUCAACUUCCUCAUGGUGCUUGGCAAAGGCAGCUUUGGCAAGGUGCUGCUGGCGGAGGAGCGAGGCAGCGAGCGUCUGUUCGCGGUGAAAGUGCUGAAGAAAGACGUUCUCUUCCAGGACGAGGACACGGAGAGCGCCCUGGUGGAGAGGAGGGUCCUGGGGCUCUCCUCUCGCCCGCACUUCCUCACAUCGCUCUACUGCGCCUUCCAGACUGAGGACCGUCUGUAUUAUGUGAUGGAAUACGUCAACGGAGGAGACCUGAUGUUUCACAUUCAGAUAGUUGGCAAGUUCAAAGAGCCUCACGCAGCGUUUUAUGCAGCAGAAAUAGCGGUCGGCCUCUUCUUCCUCCACAGCAAAGGCAUCAUCUACAGGGAUCUAAAGCUGGAUAAUGUGCUGCUUGACAGUGAGGGCCACAUAAAAAUAGCCGACUUCGGGAUGUGCAGGGAGGGCAUGUUCGAGGGCGACACCACUCGCACCUUCUGUGGCACCCCCGACUACAUCGCCCCUGAGAUUGUGGCAUAUCAGCCUUAUAAUAAAGCAGUGGACUGGUGGUCUUACGGAGUACUGCUGUAUGAAAUGCUGGCAGGACAGCCACCAUUUGAUGGUAUUGAUGAGGAGGAGCUGUUUCAGUCCAUCAUGGAGCAGUGUGUCUCAUACCCAAAAAGUCUCUCCCGUGAAGCUGUCGCUAUCUGCAAGGGACUCCUGACGAAGCACCCGGCCAAGCGUCUGGGUGGAGGAGAGGAAGCAGAGAGAGAGAUCAGGGAGCAUCCGUUCUUCCGCUGGAUUGACUGGGAUCGUCUGGAGAGACUGGAGAUCCAGGCGCCCUUCAAACCCAGAACUGGUGGAAAAAAAGGGGAAAACUUUGACAAGUUCUUCACAGCAGCUCCGUCAGCACUCACUCCCUCUGACCCGGAGAUACUAGCAGCCAUGAACCAGGAAGACUUUGAGGGCUUCUCCUUCCUCAACCCAGACUUUGCCCCCUCGCCUCUCACUGCUGUUUGAAAAUAGCUCCCACCACCCCUCCAAGUGCACCCAAACUGCCCUGUUAUCCCCUUACAAGUAGUUUUAUUACAGAGAAUUUGAACAUCUGACACCUCUCAUUACCAAAUUCUGACGUUUACAUGAAAAUGCCAAGACACCUUUAUACCCAUGCAAUCUCUUCGAUGUAUGUAUUUCAUCUUGAUAGUCACAGAAUAUGUUGCAACAAUGCAAACAAUACCGAUAUCCUAGAUUGCCAUCUUAGAGUUUUUUGUAAGACCUCCCUUAACUUGAUAUAAGAAUACUGUAGUAUGAUUACUUCAUCUGUAUGCAUGCAGUGUUUUUAGAAUGAAUUACGUUCAGAC